CCCGCAGUGGAUCAAGGCCGCCGCACCAUAGAAAAGUCGGUAAACCACUGAUAUUUCUAUCUUACACUUGUGUCCCUCAGUCAGUCUUGCUCCUUCUUAAACCCUAGCCGCUUGCUCAGUUCUAAUCCUGAUUCCUGAACCCUAAAACCCUCCACUCUCCGCUCUCUCAACUCGUCUUUUCUUCCUCCUUCAGGUAAGUCUUCUCAUCUGGGUUUUUAUUUCUCUCAUGGAUUCUGGUUUUCAUGGUGCAUCACUGGACAUUAUGUGUUAUAUGAGUUAGCCCUGAUCUCCGAAAGGAGUCGCCUUUGUUUUGCCCGCUCAGGGAUUUUAGGCUGUACCUUGAUUGUAUCUAUGUUUUGUAUUCAAAGAUUGAUCAUCAGUAUAAUAAUAAGCUGAAUUCUGAUCCAAGUUUUGAUUUUGAUCUCUCUUUGUUCUCCUGUGUUUUCGUUUUCUCCUCUUUGUGUAAAACAGGGUGGCAGGCAUGGCGUUUUACAACAAAUUGGGUAGCCUCUUGAGGCAGAGUGUUUCACAGAGCAGCUCUCUCCCUAUGGGAUCUAUGAUGAACUCGGCCCGUUUCAUGUCUACCAACAAGCUCUUCAUCGGAGGCCUUUCCUAUAGUACAGACGAUCAAUCUCUCAAGCAGGCCUUCGAUGCCUAUGGUGAAGUGGUCGAGGCUAGAGUUAUCACUGAUAGGGAUACUGGAAGGUCAAGAGGAUUCGGGUUUGUGAACUUCACAGAAGCUGAAGCUGCUAACUCAGCAAUGUCAGCCAUGGAUGGACAGGAGUUGCAAGGUCGCAACAUACGAGUGAGUCUGGCCAACGAAAGGCCCAGUGCUCCGCGUGCUUACAAUGACAGCUACCGUGGUGGUGGAGGUUAUGGUGGUGGGGGCAGGGGAGGAGAUUACUAGUCCUUUCUGCUUGCGUUGGAAAUGACUCUUGUCGCAGCUCCUUGCCAAUUCGGAGAGGCAUUUCUCGUUUGAGGUGCUGAAAACUGUGGUUCUUUCCGACUUGAGUCGUGGAUUUGUUUUCGUUAAGCACAUGGAAUGUGGUUGUCCCAAUUUGUCUUAUACUUUUAGUAGAUUAGGGGCAGCAGGGGGGCUAAGUAAGUAGUAACUGUUUGCUGCUCACAUGAUGUCAUCUCGUGUUAACGUCCUUUCCUGUGAAGGUGUGUGUUAAUAAAGGUGAACUUAAAUGUUGAAUCUGCUGUCAGUUUAAAGCUCUCUGGUUAAAUAUGCGUCAUACUGCCUAUCUCUUCUCUCAAUUCUCAGAUGGCUCACUGUCAACUGUGCUUGAGGAUAUUCUAUUCUGAGUAG